AUAAUAAUGGGAACAAUAUUUCCAAGCUUAUUGUUAUGCAGUCCCAGCACUUUGCUGCUGCAGAAGUUGUCCUUGCAGCAAGAGAUGACUGGUGUUAACAAUUUCUUCCAGAACAGAGACUUGCUGCUGCUGCUGCAAGAUCUCUCGUCGUGAUGGCAAACGCGUCAGCCCUCGAUAACAAAGUAGGAAUCGAGAAUUUUGAGCUCCUGAAAGUGCUUGGAACUGGAGCUUAUGGAAAAGUCUUUCUUGUGCGAAAGAAUGUUGGCCAUGACUGUGGCAAGCUCUUUGCCAUGAAAGUUUUGAAAAAAGCAGCAAUUGUGCAAAAAGCAAAGACAACAGAGCAUACAAUAACAGAGAGGAGUGUCUUGGAAGCUGUUCGGAGCUGCCCUUUUAUUGUCACAUUAUUUUAUGCUUUCCAAACUGAAGCAAAGCUGCAUUUAGUAAUGGAUUUUGUCAGUGGUGGUGAACUUUUCACUCAUUUGUAUAACAGAGAGCAUUUUACUGAAGAUGAAGCAAGAUUUUAUAUAGCUGAAGUUGCUCUUGCUUUGGAUCAUUUGCAUCAGCUUGGUAUAAUUUACAGAGAUAUCAAGCUAGAAAAUGUCCUUUUGGAUGCCGAUGGUCACGUGGUCCUCACUGAUUUUGGACUCAGCAAGCUGUUUUCUCCUCACGAAAAGCACGGAAGAGCCUAUUCUUUUUGUGGCACAAUUGAAUACAUGGCACCAGAGGUGGUUAAAGGUGGAAGUAGAGGCCACGAUAUGUCUGUCGAUUGGUGGAGUCUUGGCGUGCUUCUAUACGAACUUGUCACAGGUGCUUCGCCCUUCACCGUGGAGGGUGAGAAGAAUACCCAACAGGAUAUUUCUAAACGGAUUGUCAACAACCUGCCGCCAAUGCCAUCAUCUUUGUCUGCGCAAGCUAAAAACCUCAUUCAGAGGCUGUUGGAAAAAGACUCCAAAAAGAGGCUUGGAGGUGGACAAAGAGGAUUCGAAGAGAUUAAAUCCCACCCUUUUUUCAAGGCAAUCGACUGGCAAGCGUUGGCAAAGAGAAACGUCUCACCCCCGUUUAAGCCUGUUAUUGAUAACGAAAUGGAUGUCAGCAAUUUUGCGGAGGAAUUUACAGAAAUGCUCCCAAUUGAUUCCCCUGCUGCUGUCCCCAAAAAUUCGGAUAAAAUUUUCAGGGGCUAUUCUUUCGUGGCUCCUUCUGUGAUUUUUGGCAAAAAUGCUAUAGCUGAUGAAAUCCUUGAACCUUCAACAGGAAGUAGAAAACCAGGAGCUGCAUCGCUCCAUUACUCCAGUCUUUUUGAGAAUUCGACAUUUCACAGAGAAUAUGAACUUCUCGAUGAACAACUGGGUGAAGGGAGUUUUUCGAUUUGCAGGCGUUGUGUAAAUAAGAAGACCAAAAUCGAAUAUGCGGUGAAAAUUAUCAGUAAAAGGCUGGAUCAUAGUAGAGAAAUAAAUACUCUAAGAGUAUGCCAGGGUCACCCGAAUGUUGUCACUCUUCAUGAAGUGCACCAGGAUGAUCUGCACACAUACCUAGUACUUGAACUAUUGGAUGGGGGCGAGUUGCUGGAAAGAAUAAAAACGAGGAAGCAUUUCACAGAAGCUGAGGCGAGGAUACUGAUGAUAAAAUUGGCAUCGGUCGUGCAUUUCAUGCAUGAAAGGGGCGUUGUGCACAGGGAUCUAAAGCCAGAGAACUUACUGUUUGUCGAUGAUUCUUAUGAUGCUGAGCUAAAAGUGGUUGAUUUCGGAUUUGCUCGAUUCAAAGGAAACCAGCCUCUUCAAACCCCAUGUUUCACCCUGUCGUAUGCAGCGCCUGAAAUUCUUAAGCAUGCCACUAAAGAGACUAUUAAUGGCUACGAUGAAGCAUGUGACGUUUGGAGUCUUGGCGUGAUUUUGUACACGAUGCUAUCAGGCAAAGUUCCAUUCCAAUCAAAGUCUGCCUAUGAACCAUCAGCAAUGGCAAUUGCAAGGUGCAUUAUGGAUGGAUGUGUUAGCUUUGAUGGUGAUGGCUGGAUUAAUGUAUCUUCUUCAGCAAAGGAUCUUAUUCGAGGUCUGCUGACUGUUGAUCCACGGCGACGGUUAACCUUAGCCGGAAUGUUAUCUCACGAUUGGAUAUGCGGUCGAAUCGAUGUUCCAACGACGCCGUUGAUGACACCAGAUGUAUUGGACAUGUCUGGAUCGCACGUCGGGGCGGCAUUGCGUGUUGCCAUGCACGCUUACCACAAGGCCGCGCGGACUGGGUUUACCUUAAUGGAUGUAUCCAAUGCACCGUUAGCGAAGAGGCGUAAAAAGAAAAACUGCUCGACCGAGUCCCAGAAGGAGAGUGGUGAUAGUACUGAGACAAAUGACAGCCGUUCUGAGGCAAGUUCGUCGCAGGGGAAAGAGAGCUCCGCAGUCCAAAGUGUUUCAUUGAGCACAGAGGCGGAGACAGAGUAUUUAUGGAAAAGUAACGGGCAAAAUAAAGUCCCACCACCUUUGGCAGUGUGUCUUUCGCCCUCUAUAAGUUCACAAAAGACAGUAGAAAGUAUUGCCUCCAACCGCGAACCGCCACCGUUAAGACCGAUCUCUAGUGACUGUGAACGUGUUUUGUCAGGUAGAUCUUCGAACAGUACUGAAGCGAACUUCUUUUUUAAAGAAUUUACCGACACGCGGCUAACCCAGGCGUCCCCGAUAUCUCUUGCUCAGCUUAGGAAUAACAACAACGAGCUUUCAGAUCAUUCUUCGGCAGUCUAUGAACCGAUAUUUCCACGGCAAAUGGCAGCAUCAGAACUAAAAACGAGUGUUAUGUGGACUUCAACGUAUAGUACGUCACCUUCUUCUGAACUAGUAAGGAUAGAAACAGUGAAGAUGCAAAACAGAACGGAACGUGAAGCACAUCAAUCCGGUAUUACCGUUCAAAGCAAGCUAGGCCACGAUCAGAUUUCUUGUUCGUCUCUUGACCCAUUGCGGAUUGGUUCUGUUAGUAAAGCUAGCGUUAUGGGAUCGACGACUGAAUGUGAUGUCUUGAAUAAUAAUGUUGUAAAUGUUGUUAUAGAAGAUUUGCGCGGUAACUCUGGACAAAAUUCUCGUAAACGACCACGAGAUCCGUCAUUGUAAUCAACAGGAUGCUACUUUAAUGCAAAAACACGGCCUAGUGAUCAUAUGGUUUUUCUACGACAAAGCGGAGAGAUGAUUCGACUCGAGAUUUGCAUACUGGACAACAUAUUUACGUUUAUGUAUAGAAAGGGUUGACAGAAUAUCCAGCUAGGGAGCCAGUGAACUAGGGAGCCAGCGAGAUAGGGAGCCAAUUAGCGAGGGAACCAGUGAACUAGGGAGCCAGUGAACUAGGGAGCCAAUAAGCUAAGGGGCCAGCGAGCUAGGGAGCCAGUGAGCUAGGGAGCCAGUGAACUAGGUAGCCAGUGAACUAGGAACCCAGUGAACUAGGGACCCAGUGAACUAGGGACCCAGUGAACUAGGGACCCAGUGAACUAGGGAGCCAGUGAACUAGGGAGCCAGUGAACUAGGGAGCCAGUGAACUAGGGAGGUAGUGAACUAGGGAACCAGUGAGCUAGGGAGGUUCUCUAUUUCAUAAAAUACAAGUUCAGGUUUUCUAUUUUCUUCGCUGUUUUGUAGUUUCCCAAAAUAGCUUUCAUUGCUUACAAUUAUAUUUCUAAGCACUCUAAUAUAAAGAUGGAAAAAUUCAGGUUAUACUAACAGAAAUAAAUAACCUCUCUAGAAAGCUGAAAGAGUUUUGAAAAUGUUAGCGUGCCUGUAAAUAUUAGCGUGCCUUGAGAAUAUCUCACGUAAAUUUUACAUUUUGUAUAAAUCGAUGUCAAGCAAGAAUCGAUGUGAAUUUCAAACGCUGAAAAAAUCUGCAAAAGCACGUGACUAUCAAAGGACAUCCCCUCAUUAACAACGAAGAUUAUAAAUUUCCAGAAGUAUAUUUUGUGUGUUGGGGUAAAUGAAAAACGCAUAAUCUGGUUGUACUUAGUUUGAAGUCAUUAUAUUAGAUAUAUCAAGACUUAAAAAUGUAUUGUGAAUCUUUUAGCUUGUACUGACAUUGAGUGUUAAAUGAGCGAUAUAAAGUAAGCAGUUGAACCCUGCUUUCUUAAAUUACUUGGCAAUGGAGUUGUCCGGUCCGAUACUUAUCGCUUAAAUGAAACUUCAAAAGAGGGCCCAUGUGGGGGUGGGGUAUAUCUUUGAAGGUUGAAAUAGCAGAGACAGUCCCGAUUGUAAAUGUUAUUUGUUGAAGAGUACGGAAAUAUGUAUAUACCAUUUGACCGAAUUGGUAGAGACAUCAUAUGCAAUCUACCAAAUCUACCUCAUGGUGCCUUUUUUCGCGAACUCCCAACCAGUGGAAAUCUUGAAGAGAGCUUCUACAGCGAAAAAUCCCUGUUGCAAACCUCCAGAAGUUGCCUCUUAGUUAUGUAUCAGACAAAAUUUGUCUUUCGUUGUGUUGUUUUAGAUAAUGGUUAGGUUUUAUCUCCGCGUUCCUUUCCAAGUUGUUCCAACAAUAACAUUUGAAUCGAGGUGGGAAUGAAUGGUGAGGCCACCAUUUCAUAGCUAACUGCAGACACUUCACUUUAAAUAAAGAUGCUAUUCUGAUGCUUAAUCUUCAAUCUUUGUAUACGACCAACCACCUUUCUGUUGUCUUUCUUGAAUUCAGAUUUGUUAAAAUAAGUUUAGUACGGAUCCUAAUGGCAUUGGCAGAGUUUAAGAAAAUUAGGAUUCAACUGUAAAUUCAGAAUGUAAAGUUGUAUCUUUCUUUAUUGAUUUAAAUUGAAUGUUAUUAGUAUCUUAAAUAUAAUGUAUUUUGCUACAGCACUGUUGGCUGGGAGAAUCAAAAUGUCUAGAUGUGA